GAUGGCUCUCUCGGUGGGACUGACGCUGAUCUUGGGUUUAGUUUUCCCAGCUUUUUUGCCAGCUCUCUGUGAAGUCGUUGUCGAUCACCCAAUCACGUUGGCGUUCGGCGACUGGUCGCGCCACAGCACUUUCCUCUGGCUAAAGCCCGCCUUCUGCCUGUUUGAGGAGUGGCUGGGAGAAGCUGUCGAUCAAACACUGGCCAAUCGGGAGACGGCCUCCAUUCAAGUGGAGGUCAGGAGAGAAGGCGACAACUCAACCUACAAGAUGCCCACUCGCUUCUCCGUUCCGAACUGUGACCCCCUUAUUUUUGAACCCCAAAACGUGCAAGUGUUUGCCUACCAAGUGGGUCCAGAUCUUAACUGCUUCGACGACAGCUGUGUGGUGCAGGUUCUGCCAGACAGCAAAUACUGGGUACGCUACGCUUUGUACAGUGACGGACGGGAACUCGUAGCGGCAACAAACUGGUCCGAGCCUCUUCAAACUAAAGGAGAGCCGGAAGAUCAUCGCUCCCUGAACAAGCCCUUCGGUCGCUCGGGGGGGAUGGUGGUGAUCACUGUGAUCCUCAGCGUUGCUAUGUGCCUGCUGCUUGUCGCUCUGCCCGUCACCUUGGUGAAGGCUCACAAGUGAGGCUGGCCAUCCCACAAGUCUCUGUUUUGUAGUCCGAUUUAUUACUGUCAACCCUCCACCCUGUACUGCAUGCUUCACCCUGUAUGCGAGCUGUAAUUAAGUCUGCGGGAGAAUCUGCAAUAGAGAACACGUAGAUAUCUGUGGACUGUUUUGUGUUAAUAAUGGCUUUUUAAAAAUUGAACACAAUCCCAAUCAAGCUGUCAAACAAAAGAAAAAAAAAAAACUCACAUCGAGACUUCUUCUUGGAACACGUUUCCAAAGCCUCGACUCCAGUCUAUAAUAAAGUCAGACUUCGUGAAGGAGACUAAACCACGCACAAUGAUUCAAACAUCGUGAAACAUCGAGAGGGAACGUUUAAAAAAAAAAAUUAAAAAUUUUAAAAAAAAUCUGAUGCUAUUCAAGAGUCGCCCACAAGGUGGCGAUAAAGAGCCGGUGAACAUUCACCAAAUUAUCUAUCCACCUCUCUAUCAAUAAAUCUGCAGGGUAAUUCAGUCCAGGGGAGAAUGUUCCAAAACUAAACUCUGCUUAAUUAAUUUUCGGAUGCCACUGAAUAUAGACUGUCCAUGUGUUUAUCUGUGAUUUAAAUAAAGAUUUACUGGUGCUGCUGUACU